AUGGAGUCCAAUCGGUCCGGCCGGUCACUGAAUCAUGACGACAAUCCGAUUUACGUGCAGCCCCACUACAAAGAAUCCUACCGUCUGGCAAUUUAUGCCCUGCUCAAAGGAGGCAAGGAGGCCUACAAUGAGUUCCUCCGAGCUGAGCAGAUUGGACAAUUUCUAUCAGAGGAGGAGAUUUCGUUCAUUUUGGAAAAUGCAGAGUCACCGGUUGUGGAGGACAACCCAAUGGAGGGAUAUGUCCCCGAGGAGAUCAACCCUUCCACCUACUUCCCAUUAGAGUCUGAUGAGGAGGUGCCGGACCUGGACCUGGGCUGGCCGGAGGUCAUGCUGGAGGGAACGGACACAAACAUCAGCAUGCUGUUCCACCCACCCAGACAAAACACACCCACCAUCAAAGAAGUGAUUCGGAAACAGAUUCAGGAGGCCAGGCAGAUGAUUGCCAUAGCGAUGGACAUCUUCACCGAUGUCGACAUUUUCAGAGAGAUCGUCAAUGUGGCUUACAAGGGAGUGGUGGUCUACCUCCUUCUGGAUGACUUCCAGUUUGAGAGCUUCUACAAUAUGUCCCAAAGAUUGGGAGUCAACUUUGAAGACAUCAAGACCAUUCGCAUACGGACGGUUCGGGGGCCGCAGUAUAAAUGUCAGUCUGGGAUGACAUUUUAUGGAAGUUUGGAGCAGAAGUUUAUCCUCAUCGACUGCCGAACAGUUUUGUAUGGGACAUACAGUUACACAUGGUCAUAUGAGAAGAUCAGACUGAGCAUGGUCCUGGUGAUCACGGGUCAGCUGGCUUGCUCUUAUGAUGAGGAGUUUCGACGACUGUAUGCUCGCUCCAUAGUGCCUACACUGCUGUCCACAUCUGGCCAGGAGAUGAGAGACAACCUGAGCAUGCUCAGCUCCAGCCAGCACUCCCUCCACCAAAUGCACAUGAGACCCAGAGCAAUGACCGGCUUGAAAAGUAUUCAUGAAGACAGGUUUGUCAGCAAGUUGACCAGGGGCAUGAGCAUGCAGGGCGGGCUGAAUCAGUCUCACUACUACGACAUGGGGAAUAUGAUGAGGGGACACAGUUAUGGAGGAGACCUGCAUAGGUUACAAUCUCUGACCCGGCUGAGGAAGGGAACCAAGGACAAUAGUUUUGCUGAGAGAUUUGCUUCUAACUUGAAUAUUAACAGCUUGUCACAGCAGCACCUUAGACACCAGGUUCUCUAUGGUUCGGACCAGAAUGUGAUACCGUUCUGCUCUGAGACGUCACUCAACAAGUGGAAAAUCGAUUCAUACCUUAACAGUGACAGUGAUGCACCUCAAAAUGCACCAUCUGAUGUGUUGUCCCCUUUGACAUCCCCAUACAGCAGUUACACAGGCUUAAAUGAGCAUCAGUCACAGCUGAUUCACAGCAGGUCAAGGGACGUUAAGUCCAGGUUGGAGGAAAUUAGGCAUAAUAGACUCAGUCAGCAUGACAGCAUCAGCCUCAGGCAGAGCCAAGAGUCUGUGAGAUCCAUGUAUUCCACUAUCGAAAGACCUAAAUUAAUGUCUUCAUUAAGAGGUCUGGACAUGAGGCAGAGCAUGGGAGACUUAGAUCCAUACACAAAAGACAGCCGCAGCUUUGCACCAACCAACCACAGAGACAAUGAGCCAAAAAUGGGAGCUCAUCUCAGUCAGGUGCACCGCUCUGUAUCUCACUAUGACAUCCAAACAGCUCUAAAUCAAAAGAUACACGACUGGCAUGAGCCUCUUCACAGGACGACCUCAGUUGCAAAUCUAGAUAUGAAACUCAAUGAACCAUCGCUUAAGCAUACUCCGCACCCAAGAGCAAUGGAGUCUUUGAUUGAAAUCCCUGAAGAGAAGGACGCUUCAAAUGCACAUCUCAACUUGGUGAACUCUGCUAAAUCAAGCAUUCAUCCAGAAUCUCACCAUCAAGCUGUAUACAGAGAAGGUGACAGUUCUGUAGGUUACAGUUCAGGCUUCACUGCCCAAAGAGAAGACAUCAAAUCAGUAUCCAACGAGACAGUAACUGACCCAAGUAUCUCAGCAACUGCAGGAUCUCAGCAUGUUGCGGACUCUAAUGGUCCAAAAGAACAGCAGCAAGAGGAAAGCCCGCUCCACAGGAAGAAUUCCCUAAGGUUGAAAGUAUAUUCGCUGCUUAAGUCAGAAGAAAAGAAAGCAUCCAAAAAGGAGGAGAAGUCAUUGCAAAGAAAGUCCUCAUUGAAAUCAGAUGAUGCGUCAGGAUCAAACCAAUCACUCAGGUCAGACAACUCAACAUCUGCUGCAGACCAAACAAAGAAAGGUCAAUCACCAACCACCUCCAGGCAGAAUGUGCAAACAGAGACAGAAAAACAUAAAUCCUCAUUCUCCUUUAACAGGUUGACUCCUCAGCGUUUAAGCAAGAAAAAGUCAAACACUGCAGAGGAGCAGGACCUCGGCUCGAGAAGUACUCUAAAUGAGGAGACACCAACCGUCUAUUCACCCAGGAGAGAGAAAGUCUACAGUCGAUUUGAAUAUUUAAUGAACACCGAUAGUAGUCCUGCAGACAAAUCAACGAAGCCUACAAGCAUGCAUACCUCAGACAGAGACAGUAACCCUUACCUGAACAGGAGUAACUCCGGCUACUCGAUAUAUCAGACACAAAGCAGCAGUGACCACAACAGAUUGGGGCGAUUCAUGCAGCGAGUAGGAAAUCUCAUAGGCAAGAACAAGUAG